AGUUGGUAAUUUCGUGUGUAUAUAUAUGAUAUGGAGAAAGCAAUAUAUUUGAUACAAUAGUUCGAUGCAUUGUGUUUCUUCAUUUAUGAAAUUAUAAAUAAUUAAAAUAAAAAUAAAAAAUGAUUGUGUGUGUAAAGAUCUUCAUCUCCGAUUAUAUAAUAAAUAAUUGAUAAAAGAACAAAAUCUACCUGGAAUAUUACAUGACAGCAGUCAACAAUAAUUAUAUACAUAAUACAAUCUUCUAACCUUUCAAUUUUUUAAUUGUACUUUGAACUUUUUCAAAUGGAUAUGGAAUCGUGAUUGCAUAACUAAUAUAAUAAUAUUUAUAUUCAAAUCCUAAAAUAUUAUAUUUAUCAAAUAAAAUGGGAAAUAAAUCUAGUCUUCUAUUACGUGAAGAAGAAAUAGCUCAAAUUCAAGAAGCAACAGGAUUUACUCCAAAUCAGAUUGAACGCUUGUAUAGCCGGUUUACUAGUCUGGAUCGUGGAGACUGUGGUACAUUAAGUCGAGAAGAUUUUCUCAGGAUUCCAGAACUUGCAAUAAAUCCACUUGGUGACAGAAUAGUGAAUGCCUUUUUUGAUGAAAGUGGAAAUGAUAGAGUUAAUUUUUUACAAUUCAUGCAAGUACUAGCACAUUUUAGACCGAUAAAAAAAAACAGUCCUAAUAGAUUAAAUUCAAGACAGGAAAAAUUAAAGUUUGCUUUUAAAAUGUAUGACUUGGAUAAUGACGAUUUAAUAUCUAAAGAUGAACUACUGGCUAUUUUGCACAUGAUGGUUGGAGCUAAUAUUAGCGCGGAACAACUCACCAGCAUUGCAGAACGUACGAUUGUUGAAGCUGAUGAAAAUGGAGAUGGUAUGAUUUCUUUGGAAGAAUUUUGCAAGGUACUGGAACGAACAGAUGUUGAACAGAAAAUGUCUAUAAGAUUUCUUAGCUAAAUUUAUUGUAUAUUCUAAAAAUUUAUUAUAGAGGAAUAUUAAUACAUCUAAUAUAAUGUAUAUCCUCUCCGUUUCUUUAAUGAAUAUUACAUCUUUAUCUUUGUGAUUCAUAUGGAUAUUAUAUACUGUUUGUGUUAUCAUACAUAUGUUAUGUAUUACACAUAACACAAUUUGAAGCGUACCAUAACAUAAGAAAGCAAACAAUUGGAUUAAUAUUAACAAAUAUACUAUAUUAUUAUUACACAAUUUCAUAUUUAUAUAAUCAACAAUCACUGAUCUUAAAACCAAAAUGCAGAAAAAUACAUUGUGUGAAUUACUGUAUACAUUUAAGUUUUAAAUAAAUUGCAUGUUUCUUGAAAA